AUGGAAUUGAAAAUGACUCUCGAAGAGUUUUGAAGUGAACGUGCGAGUGGAGCAAGAUUGAGUGCGUCGGUUCUAAUAAAUUUAACUUAUGGUAUGCGAGCCCGAGGCGAGCUCUCCAAUAAUUCCCAUCGACUUGUUGAUAGUUUUGAUUCAGCGUUGAAAACUUCUGGUGGAAAUGGUAGAAAGACGACUGGCAACAAUAAUAAUAAUUAUAAUAAUAACAACCGAAUGCAGUAUAAACCGAAUUGGAAGGGUAAUAAUGGCAAUGGCAAAACCGCCGGACGUAUGCGACCGGGUGCCGAGUUACCGGUUGAUUUCUCGGUCAGUGCGGGCAGUUCGCAAGUGGAUCCGUGGACACCGCGAGCAUUAAAAGCGCAAGCUUCCAGCAAAAUAUCCCCGUCUGAAGGUGUUACAAUAAUGACCAGAAAACACGAAGAUGAGUCGACGUCAACUAGGAACUCGCACAGAAAACCUCAUGAAAGAAUGCAAAAAGAAGAAGUAAGUUACGAAAACAGGGAGAAAAUAAUCGAAUCGAGUGGGUAUGGACGACCGCCGACAUACCUGAUCGAGAAGAAUGUCCGAACGAGUGUGGCGGCAUCGGAGGAUGCAAUUAACGCGGAAGCAGCGAAAAUAAUAGCGCAAAUUGAGCAAAAAUUAACGCAAAAGAAAGUGAAGGUGUGUGUAUGUGUGUGUGCUUUUUGA